GCACCCAGUCGGUUUCUUCCGCUAGUACGAAAUUUCACAGCCAGCAGCACCAACAGACAUAUACAACGGGAACUGUACAGAAAUAAUAUAACAUCAAGGAUUUCUCAGGAGGAACUUAAUAAUAUUCGACGAACAAAAUCAAACGUUCAGAUAUCACCGAAAACAUAUCAAUUUGAAAUUGAUAUCCGAUUGAAGCUGCUGCCGUGCUGCUGUUAUAUUAUUAUAUCUAAAAUGGCUGCCAGUCCUAUGAUUACAAGCGAAUCGACUUCUUCUUCUUCGUUGAGGAAUCGACAACAUUUCCUGGGACUUCGGAUGUCGGUUGCCGCCUUCCUGGUGAUGACCACCUUGUUGAUGGCCGGCUCCGGUGACGCUAUCGACCUCAUGAAAUUGCUCGAUCAGAAACAGCGCAGCUUUAAACGAGCCGGUGAGCCGUGCCAUCCGUACGAGCCGUUCAAAUGCCCAGGCGACGGCGCUUGUAUUUCCAUCCAAUAUCUUUGCGACGGCGCUGCCGACUGUCCCGACGGGUACGACGAAGAUCUACGCCUCUGCACUGCAGCCAAACGACCUCCCGUGGAAGAGACGGCCAGUUUCCUGCAGGCUCUAAUCAGUAGCCAUGGACCGGAUUUCCUCGAGAAACUUUUCGGCGCUAAGGCCCGCAACGCCCUAGAGCCGCUGGGAGGCGUCGAGCGCGUCGCCAUCGCCCUAUCAGAAUCGCAAACAAUUGGCGAUUUCGGCAGCGCCCUGCGUCUGAUGCGCUCCGAUCUGGAACAUCUGCGAUCCAUUUUCGCGGGAAUUCAAAGUGGCGACAUGACAGCGCUGGCCUCGUUAGGCAUCAAAGACGCUGAAUUGGGUGACGUCAAAUUCUUUCUCGAGAAACUCAUCAAAACUGGAUUUCUCGACUAAAAUAAACUUGUCAAAUCUUUUAUUCCCCCCCCCCUCUGGCGACCGCAACCCACAAAAACGCCAACAGGCACAAACAAA